AUGACCGUUGCUAGUUCUAGGGGCCGUUUGAUAGCAGUCAUAGGUGAUGAGGAUACUUGUACAGGCUUUCUUUUGGGAGGCAUAGGUGAACUUGACAAGAAUCGUCGUCCAAAUUUUCUCGCCGUGGACAAAGACACCCCUUUAAGCGACAUCGAAAAUGCUUUUACAUCGUUUCUUACCCGAGAUGAUAUUGCCAUAAUUCUAAUAGUACAAAACGUCGCAGAAAUGAUUAGAUAUCUCAUCGACGCGCACACAGAGCCGAUUCCUGCAGUUUUGGAGAUACCGAGUAAGGAUAAACCAUACGACGCCAACAAAGAUUCAAUUCUGAAAAGGGCGAAGGGGAUGUUCUCAACAGAAGAUUUUAGAUGA